AUGGAGGGGGUGAUUGAAGAGAUACUAGCGUCGGAGUGGAAGAUUGGCGCGGCUGUGACUGAUAACGCUGGGCAGUGUGGCCGGGACCGUCGCAUUUUGGCUCCUAAGUACCCAAAUAUCGCGUUCUUGAUUUGGUUUGCACACGAUAUCAAUAAUCUGGUCAAGGCCGUCCUCAAAACAGUUUUCAAAGAGAUUUCGGAGGAUGCGGCCGGUGCUGCCAGUUUCCAACAUCAAAAUGGCUGGUUCGUGCUGCUAAGGCAAUGA